GUGAUUUUAUUCUGUGAAAUGUACUUCUUAUUGUCUAAGCAUUUCUUUCAUUCAUGUUCAUAAAACUAUACCUUCCUGUAAAGUCCACAGUGACCCAUCAAAUCAGUCUCCCGCAGGUGGCGUAUCCCUUCGUACACGAGAUCCCCUUCAUCACCCUCGCCACGCCAGGGAUGGACCCACGGCAGAGUGCCGUCCUGGGCAACGUCCUCAACCCGGCCUACAUUCCCAACCACAUAUCCAACUAUACGUUACCAAUGAGCGCCUGGAAUCGUUUCCACAACACGCUGAUUCACAUAGGAACGUCUCUUUACUGGCGGAACUGGGCCGUCGUGCCCCUAAUACAAAAAGAGAUCUCUGCACAGUUCCCAGACCUGCCGCCGCUGUUGGACCUGGAGAGGAACAUGAGUCUGGCGCUGAUCAACACCCACUUUAGUAUCAGCAUGCCGCUGCCUCUCCUGCCGUCACAGGUAGAGGUGGGCGGCAUGCACUGUCGACCCGCCAACCCUCUGCCUCAGGAGCUGGAGUCAUGGAUCACAGGGGCGGGGUCCGCUGGCGUCAUCUACUUCAGUUUGGGCUCCUUCACGCAAGGCACCGACAUGCCAGCCCAGUACCGCGACCUCUUCGUCCGGGCCUUCCGCAGGCUGCCGCAGCGCGUCAUCUGGAAAUACGAAGGUGUGAUAGAGAACGUUCCUGACAAUGUGAUGAUCACCAAGUGGCUUCCCCAGCAGGAUAUUCUUGCCCAUGACAAGGUAAAGGUGUUCAUCACACAUGGAGGCCUCCUCAGCAUGCAGGAAGCCAUCUACCACGCCACACCCCUCCUCGCAAUACCCAUAUAUGGAGACCAGCCCAGGAAUGGCAAAUUUGUAAGGGACUCUAGCCUCGGAGACUAUCUGGUGUGGGAGGAACUAACAGAGUACAUGAUCAUUGAUGCUAUCAACAAAAUCAUAUAUGAUCCUAAGUAUAAAGAAAAUGUAUUGAGGAUGUCAGUACGGCUGCGGGACCAGCUGACGUCACCCAGGGAGCUGGCAGUGUUCUGGACGGAGUACGUCAUCCGCCACCGUGGGGCGCCCCAGCUGAGGUCCCCGGCGGCACAGCUCUCUUGGGUGGAGUUCCUCAUGCUUGACGUCAUCCUCCUCCUCCACCUGAGUUUCAUCUUACUAGGCUUCAUCCUGCAUAGAAUCUUCAGGGUUAUUAGUGCUAAAAUAUUCGGAAGUGAUGCUACCAAGAAGAAGAAGAAUGAUUAGGAAUGGCUUAGAUAAGUCAUACAUGGAAGCAUCAUAAUAUUUGGAUUGUCUUCGUUGUAUAAUUCUUAUUUCUUUUUUAGAGGUAUUUCUUCUCAGCAGAGGUCAGAAGUGAAAAGCAUGCAUAAAUAAUUAAGAAUUA